ACAACGUUUACAACGAUUCUACCGCAAAGUGAAAAUGUUGCGACUGGUGCUCACAGUGUGUUUCUUGUUAAGUCCUGGCUGGGCGUAUGACUUCAAGGAUUCGUACUACAAUGAUUUCAUCCUGGAGAACUUCUACACCUACCAAACCAAAAACCCAAACCUGUUGAAAAUUGGCGAACCCCAAGAUGGCACCUGCAAGCGACCCCUCAAGUACCACUGCUGUGACAAUCUGAACGAGGAGCAGAACCUGCAGCUGGAGGUGUCCAAAAUCGAAUGCUUCGUCGAGCACGUCCUGACCAGUGCCGAGGGCGUCAUCGAUGCCAAAAAGAUCGCCGGCCCGUUGGACAUAUUUUCGUGCGAAAAGCUCAAGAAAAUGCAGGAGGAAUUUGUGUGCGUGUCGCAGUGCGUUGCCCGGAAGUGGAACAUGACCGACGAGGCCGGAGAUUUGUUCAGCGCCGAAGCGGUCGGCCCGAUCGUUAAGAAGUUCUACGCCGAACAGGUGUACGAAGAUGCGCAGGUUGACAGGUUUGUUAAAGAGUGCGUGGAAUACACGGACAAGUACGCGGCUGCCACCACCGAACCGCAGUGUAAUCCGGCGGCCAGCAGUUUUGCGUACUGUAUGUGGCGCAAAUCGAACCUGGAAUGUCCGGACGCCAAGCGGGACACGUCGGCGGCCUGCGAGCAGCUGCGGGAUAAGCUGACGGAGGCAGGGGAGGAAUGAGCAAUUGGUGAACCUUGAAUCGCAAAUCCUUUUUUAAUAAAUCACAAUAAAAAGGCAAUAAA